GCCGAGGCUAAUGGACAAGGCCAAGCAAAGGGCGCAAACAAGGCUUGCAAGGCCUAGGAGACGUGCACGAGCCCGUAUGCGAGGGUGCCGACGGGCACAAUGGCAUAGGAGGUCGAGAAAGAGGCUCGAGAGAUCAAGGCUUGAAGGGUCGAGUUCAUGGAUGUGCGCAAGGGCACGCGAGAAGGUAGUCCAUCGGCGUACAACAUUAGGGCAAUGGAGGAAAGGCUACGCACAGCGGACCAGGGCCAAGUGUACGAUAGUAGACUCGGGCGAUGCGGUCGACUGGUGCAAGGCGUGCGCAAGGGAGCGAUGCGCACGACGCUUAGAGGCUAAGGCCUCGGGCGUUUACAUUGCUGAGAGGACGAGUGGUGCGCGAGGGGUGGAUGCUUGGUUGAUAGCGCGCACGUGGGACGACCGCAAGGAAGGGCGCGAACAUGCGCAUUGGCGUAGACGCGCAUGGCGCUUGGAGAUUAGGCGAAGUGGUGCGCAAGGGGAGGAUGUCGGGAGGUUGAUGCGCACGAGGGAUUGCAGCAAAUGGACAAGCACGCAUAGGGUGCUGGACGAUAUGCGGACAGCGCUGAGCGCACGAAGGCGCACAAUAGUUGAACGGAGCUCUGGGGCGCUGAGCGGGACACGCGGGCCAGUGGACAGGCGCGAGAAUAUCGCGGGGUUAUCAAGCGUGGGUAGCAGUCGCGCGAUUGACAAAGACACGCGGGAGCAGGCGGCGCAUGGGCGAGCCGCGUGCGCAGUUGGCGAUGCGUGUGGGAUGGGCGAAGACCUAGGCCUAGUAGGCUUAGGCAAGCUGGGCGACACGCACGAGAUAGUCACGCGGGUGAAGGGUGCGAUCGUGUGUGCACCCGAAGGGCGAGGCAAGACCAAGGCAGCAAGCCUAGUCCUCAUAGGAAUAGGAAUCCUAGACCUCACAGGACUAGGAAAAGCAGUUGAGUGCCGUAACGCGCGUGAAGGAUCGGUGACGGGAGUAAUCAUCGGAAGAUCAGGCAAUGUAGCUGGGAGCAUAUUCCUAGUAGGAAUAGGUAUAGUGGAUGUGGGCUCGAAGUCUUAUCCUUCAAGGAAUAGGAAUAGCGUAUACAAGGCGCGAGACCUUACUCCUCGAGGCAAGUGGAUAGGCGGGCGUAGGAGACGCGACCUUAGUCCUCGAGGACUAAGGCAAGGAGUCGAUUCUCAGAAAGCACGGACACCUCAUGAUGUUCCAAUCGUUCGCGAGUUCGUGGACGUAUUUCCAGACGAACUUCCAGGAGGACCGCCCAACCGUCAGGUGGAGUUUUCCAUCGAUCUUAUUCCAGGGGCCGGUCCAGUAUCCAAAGCCCCAUAUCGCAUGGCGCCUAAAGAGUUACAGGAGCUUAAGACUCAGAUUCAGGAGCUGUUACGACUCGGUUUCAUCCGACCGAGCGUGUCACCGUGGGGAGCACCCGUUCUCUUUGUUAAGAAGAAGGACGGAUCUAUGCGUAUGUGCAUCGACUACCGGGAUCUUAACCGGUUGACGAUCAAGAAUACGUAUCCGCUUCUCAGGAUCGACGACUUAUUUGAUCAGUUGAGGGGAGCCUGUGUGUUCUCGAAGAUUGACUUACGAUCAGGCUACCAUCAGCUGAAGAUUAAGGAGUCAGAUAUCGCUAAGACCGCUUUCAGGACUCGUUACGGCCAUUACGAGUUUGUGGUCAUGCCUUUCGGUCUCAGCAAUGCGCCAGCAGUUUUCAUGGACCUCAUGAACCGUAUCUUUCAUCCAUACCUCGAUCAGUUCGUUAUUGUCUUUAUUGACGAUAUCCUUAUCUACUCGAAGAGCCAGAAGGAGCACGAGGAGCAUCUGAGGGUGGUUUUUGAAACCCUCAGACGAGAGAAGUUGUACGCUAAAUUCUCCAAAUGCGAGUUCUGGCUUCAGCGAGUAUCCUUUCUGGGUCAUGUGAUCACUCAGGCAGGCAUCGAGGUGGAUCCUUCUAAGGUUUCAGCCGUUCAGAACUGGUCGACACCGAGGAAUCUGUCCGAGGUUCGCAGUUUUCUUGGGUUAGCUGGUUAUUAUCGCAGGUUCAUGGAGGGCUUCUCUAAGAUCGCCCUCCCUCUUUCCCAGCUGACGAGGAAGUCUGUGAAGUUCGAAUGGACUGACAGAUGCGAGGCGAGCUUUCAGGAGCUCAAGAGGAGAUUGACUACAGCACCGGUGUUGACUAUUCCCGACCCUUCUCGGAGUUUCACUAUCUUUAGCGAUGCUUCGAGGCAGGGCUUGGGAUGUGUCCUUAUGCAGGACGGACAGGUCGUUGCGUAUGCUUCCCGUCAGCUUAAGCCUCAUGAGCAGAACUAUCCUACGCACGACUUGGAGUUAGCAGCAGUCGUUCACGCCUUGAAGAUCUCGCGUCAUUAUCUUUAUGGCGGACGCUGCGAGAUAUUCACAGACCAUAAGAGCCUGCAGUACAUUUUCACGCAGAAGGAGCUUAAUAUGAGGCAGCGCCGUUGGCUUGAGCUUGUCAAGGAUUACGAUUGUUCUAUCCAGUACCAUCCGGGAAAGGCGAACGUCGUCGCAGAUGCCCUAAGCCGAAAGGUGAAGGGUGACUUGACGUACGUCAUUACACAGCAGAGUCCGUUGAUUCAUGA